UCUAGAUAAUCAAAAUCUAGGUUAGGUCUACGUUUUCGUAUUUAAAAACAUCUUUGUAUACUUUUAUGUAUAAAUUUAAGGAUUCCUAUCAAAUUAUCAAAAGCUAAAAUUAUUUUUUAACUCACUACUUAUGACAGGAUACAAUUCAUGAUGGUUAGGCAAAGAAAAAAUUUGACUAUAUCUGGAAAAACUGCUGGAAAAUUGAGUGAUAAACAUAGUAGUAGUAGUAACUGUAGUAAUUUCACAAAUAGAAGCAAUACUAUUUAUAAAAAUUAUAUUAGUUAUUGGAAAGAAGUUUUAGUAUGUUUUGUGAUGAUUAUAGCAGUUUCUUUUUCAUAUAUCGGAUAUUUGGAAACUCGAGUAAAUACACCUUAUGAUAACAAACGUACAAUCAUUAAAAGUGGUUUAGAUGUACCAGAAAAGUUCUGGGGAACUUACAGACCUGGAACUUAUUUUGGUUUGAAAACUCGAGAUAAAGAAUCCUUAGUUACAGGUUUAAUGUGGUAUUUUCCUAGACGGUUGAAGCCUGGUGGGGAUGGCAUUAGACAUUGGUGUGAACAGUCAGAUAACUUGGAUCGUUAUGGCUGGUUAAAACAUGAUGGUGUCAACUUCGGUGUACAGGAAAUUGUAGAUAAUCCAUUUAUUUUCACAACAUCUUUCAUAAAAAAGAGUGGAGGUAGCCAUGGUGGAGAUUGGAGUGCUAGAAUUGAUGUUAAAACUAUGCCAAACUAUAGUAUCUUUGAAGGUGAAGAGGUAUCUCUCAUUUGGUAUGUGGCAUUGGAUGAAACAACCAAAGGUCAAAUAUGGUCUUCCAAUUCUGAAACUACAUUUACUGGCAUAAAAGGUGAAACUGAAGGACUGGGACAAUUCAGUAUAAAAUUGACAAAUCAUUCUGGCUUAACUGAUAGUGAAUCUUUUCUUAUGACAAGAACUCCUGGUCUUCAUUUGUUGAGAGAAGUAACUAUAUCAUCAUUACGUUUAGUACAGAAAGGAAAGGAUUCAAAGAAAAGAGUGAUGUUAGCAGGAAAUUUAUUGCAAGGUGAUGAGGUAAGUAUACUUCAUUCAAUAUGUGGAGACUACAUAAAAAAAAUUAAGAAAAAUUCUAAUUUUGUAGCCACUCAAAUAACAGGAAUAGUUCCUUUUACAUUGGAUGUGAUCUUUGAAUCGGGUAGUUUUGGAGUGAGAGAAGAGACAUUGAGUGGACAAACUUAUACGAAUCUUCUAGAGAAGCAUAAGUCAACCUUCAACGAAAAGUUUGAGAAAGUUUUCAAUUUGAAGCAAAAAGGAUUUAACACCAAAAGUAUUAAAUUUGCUCAGGCAGCACUUAGCAAUUUGAUUGGUGGAAUUGGUUAUUUUUACGGAGCUUCUAGAGUACAAAGCACUUAUACUAAUGAACCUGUAAAUUAUUGGAAUGCUCCAUUAUAUACAGCUGUUCCUUCAAGGAGCUUUUUUCCUAGAGGAUUUCUCUGGGACGAAGGUUUUCAUGGAUUGUUGAUUUCAAAGUGGGAUAUCAAUAUUGAAAUGGAUAUUAUUGGCCAUUGGAUGGAUUUGAUGAAUGCUGAAGGAUGGAUUCCUAGAGAACAGAUAUUAGGAGAGGAAGCAGUGGCAAAAGUUCCAAAUGAGUUUGUUGUUCAAAGGAAUACAAAUGCUAAUCCGCCAACAUUCUUUAUCACCUUACAGUUUAUUCUUGACAAUUAUGAGAAUGAUCUGAAUCCAGGUCAGCUAGCAAUGCUUGAAAGGAUGUAUCCUAGGUUACAGGCUUGGUUUUCAUGGUUCAAUUCAACUCAAAAAGGUUCUCUUCCUGGUUCAUAUCGUUGGAGAGGAAGAGAUGACAAGACUAACAAAGAAUUAAAUCCCAAAACUUUAACAUCUGGAUUAGAUGAUUUCCCCAGAGCAUCACAUCCUACUGUUGAUGAGAGGCAUAUAGAUCUCUAUUGCUGGAUGGCUAUUGCAGCAUCAACAUUACAUAGAUUAGGUACUCUCUUAGGCCAGGAUACGUCGAAAUAUGAAGCAACUGCUCUUUAUCUUACGGAUAAUAAACUGAUGAAUAAGCUUCACUGGUCAUCAUAUUCACAAACUUAUGCUGAUUACGGUUUGCAUACUGAUGCUGUUAUCUUGAAAAGGCCUGAUAUUGUGCCUAGAUCCCCGAAUCAGAACAGAGAAAUGGCGAGAGUUACACUUAAAAACCCAGAAUAUCGUUUCGUUGACACAACAUUUGGAUAUGUCAACCUUUUCCCAUUCUUGCUUAGGAUUUUAGAACCAACAUCAUCACAUUUGGGCGUUUUAUUGGAAAAAAUACGAAAGCCUGAACUACUGUGGACAAAUUAUGGCUUGAGGUCACUGUCAAUGAAUUCUCCAUUAUAUAUGAAAAGGAAUACAGAACAUGACCCUCCAUAUUGGAGAGGUCAGAUUUGGAUCAAUAUCAAUUAUUUGGCUGUUAGAGCUUUACAUUAUUAUUCAAAUGAAAGUGGUCCAUAUCAAAAAGAAGCAGCUAAACUAUACAAGGAACUGCGAAUGAAUGUGAUUCAAAAUAUAAUGAGGCAGUAUGAGAAAUCUGGGUUCUUAUGGGAACAGUACAAUGACAAAACAGGUCAUGGUAGCGGCUGUAGACCUUUUACUGGAUGGACAGCAUUAGUGUUGUCUAUAAUGAGUGAAAAAUUCUAGUACAUUUUUGUAGAAAGUUAAAAAUAUCUGAAUUAGUCCAUUCUAUUGAUGAAGCUCAAACCUCCCUGAAACUUUAUGCUUCCACUUUUGUAUUAUUUGUUGAUAGUAAAACAUUACAAUAAUUAAAAAUAUUAUCAAUUUGUAGCCCAUUUCUAUCUUUCAUUAAUAAAUGUAUGUUUAUUGUUUUUA